AUGUAUAACUUCUCGAAUCGGGAGUCCAAGCCCGGCGCGCCGCCCGUGUCUGGUCCGUCGUCCGCCACCAAACCUCGCCCAUUCAACGCAUCCUCUCGUCAAAACAACUUCACCCCCCACACCGGCGCGAAAAAACUCGUCGUGAAAAACCUCCGCACGGGCUCCCGACUAAACCAAGAUUCGUACUUUGAAAAGGUCUGGGGUCAACUUGAUGCGGCAUUGGCGGCGAUUUUCGACUGUGGAAAGCCGGACACAUCGUUGGAAGAACUCUAUAAGGGCGCCGAGAAUGUGUGUCGCCAGGGAAGGGCCGCAGUGCUGGUCAAGAAGCUCCAAGACCGUUGUCGAGAGCAUGUCUCCGGAAAGCUUCACGAUACGCUGGUGGCCAAGGCCGGGAGCGGGAGUAAUAUUGAUACGCUACGGGCGGUGGUCGAGGCAUGGUCGGCCUGGCAGUCAAAGCUGGUAACCAUCCGAUGGAUUUUCUACUACCUCGACCAAUCUUUCCUCCUUCAUUCCAAGGAAUAUCCCGUGAUCCGCGAAAUGGGAUUAAUCCAAUUCCGACAGAACAUCUUCACCGAUCCUGUGCUCGAGCCCAAAAUUCUACAGGGGGCAUGCGACCUUAUAGAAGCCGACCGUGACGAAGAGCAGAGUAUGAUUGCCGAUUCCUCUCUGCUGCGAAAUGCCAUCGAACUUUUCCACGGCCUCGAUGUUUACAGCAGCAAUUUCGAACCGCUCUUUGUAUCUGAAUCAAGCAAGUUCUUUGCCUCUUGGGCCCAAAGGGAGGCGUCAGGCUACCUCGCAAACUUCGCGGAAAACAGUCACCGCCUGAUCCAACGAGAAGUUGACCGAUGCGAGCUAUUUUCGCUCAACCGAAGCACCAAACAGAAGCUAUCCGAGCUGCUUGAUCAAGCCUUGGUGGCGGAUCAGGAGGCGGUCCUACUUAAUGAAAAGGACGUUCUUGGACUGUUGCGAGCCAGCAAUAAAGUCGCUCUAGAGAAGCUCUAUUCACUCCUCCAGAGACAAGACCUCGGUAGGAAGUUGAAGGGGGCUUUCAGCUCGUACAUCAUAGAAGAAGGCUCUGGUAUUGUCUUCGACGAUGAGAAAGAGGCAGAAAUGGUUGCCCGUUUGUUGGACUUCAAACAGCAGCUUGAUGAAACGUGGAAUAACUCUUUUCAUCGGAACGAGGAACUGGGCCAUACACUGCGCGAGGCUUUCGAAACGUUCAUGAACAAGGGCAGGAAGUCCGAGUCCACUGGAGGAACUGACAAUCCCAAGACUGGUGAGAUGAUCGCCAAGUACGUGGACAGGUUACUCAAGGGUGGAUGGAAGUUGCCUCCUGGGCGCAAUGCGGAUGACGUUCCGCUAGCUGACGAAGACGCCGAGAUCAAUCGCCAAUUGGAUCAGGUCCUAGAUCUCUUCCGUUUUGUGCAUGGGAAGGCAGUCUUUGAAGCCUUUUACAAGAACGACUUGGCCCGUCGGCUGCUGAUGGGCCGCAGUGCCAGUGACGAUGCGGAGAAGAGCAUGCUUUCCCGACUCAAGACAGAAUGUGGAUCCAGCUUCACGCACAAUCUGGAGUCCAUGUUCAAGGACAUGGAUGUGGCACGAGACGAAAUGGUGGCCUACAACUCUCUCCAGCGCGAGCGCCGACACCGUUUGCCCGUAGAUCUGAACGUGAGCGUGCUCUCCUCCGCGUCAUGGCCAACAUACCCCGACGUCCAAGUCCGAAUACCGCCGGAGAUCGCCACCGCUGUCGACGACUUCGAGAAGUUCUACUACAACAAGUAUCAGGGACGGAAACUCAACUGGAAGCAUCAGCUGGCGCACUGCCAACUGCGGGCCCGAUUUCCUAAAGGAGAUAAGGAAUUGGUAGUUAGUUCGUUCCAGGCUAUCGUGCUCCUGUUGUUCAAUGAGGUCCCGGAGGGAGGGUCUCUGAGUUAUGCCCAGAUCCAGGAAGCAACCAGUCUAUCCGACAAAGAACUGAAGCGCACACUGCAAUCCCUCGCUUGUGCCAAGUAUCGGGUACUCAGCAAGAAGCCGAAAGGGCGAGACGUCAACCCCACGGACGAGUUCUCGUAUAACGCCGGGUUCUCUGAUGCGAAGAUGCGGAUCAAGAUCAAUCAGAUCCAGCUGAAGGAGACCAAGGAGGAGAACAAGACGACGCACGAGCGGGUGGCGGCCGAUCGGCAUUACGAAACGCAGGCAGCGAUUGUGCGGAUCAUGAAGAGUCGUAAGACGAUCACGCACCCGGAACUGGUAGCGGAGGUGAUCAAGGCGACACGCAGCCGGGGAGUGUUGGAGCCGGCUGAUAUCAAGAAGAACAUCGAGAAAUUAAUUGAAAAGGACUACAUGGAACGGGAGGAGGGCAACCGGUACCAGUAUGUAGCGUAG